AUGUGCCUUCAGGCAGCCCUCCCACACUGGAGCAUCUGCACAAGGAAGGAGCGGUGUGAGCUGGAGAAGGCUUCUCUCAUUUGAGGCCUACUGCAGUCUCCUCCCAGGGAGUUUGGUCAGGUUGAUGACACGCUGGUGAGGCAGGAGGCUGCCGUGUGUGGGGCCUGUCAUAACAAUAACUUCACCCCUUGUCAAUUAAAAGUCCUAUACAAAAACUGAGGGGCACACCACUCCCUUGACCCACAGGACAAAAUCUCUGUUGAAUUUGGCCAGCUGUGUGGGGUAAGCAGCAAAGUCCAGCUGCAUGGUGUGAUGCUAGAUGAGGGGGCUCUGCACAAGGGCUUGAAGUCACACAUAAUCUGCCUUUUCCCUGUGGGGAACUGUUGUGUUUUAAAAAAAAAAACCCUGGGCAAGAUGCAGCUAUACCUUUUGAUGAGCCUCUUGAUGCAGACUCAUCAGUACCAGCCUUCAAAUCACUAGAACAGCCUUUGGAAGUCAGAAUGGACUUUUGUCCUGACUCAGUUUACCACCCAUGGUUACAGAGAUCUUUCCCGUCCACACUACUUCAAAGAUACCAAUCUCCAUGAAACUGUCACCAAGUUCAUUGGUGCAACUCUAAAUGUGAUAGACCAAAGUCAGUUUGCCACAGAUUUUGUGAAAUUUGUGAAAGCUGAGGACACCAAUUUUCCUCCGGCCAUUCUGGGAAACAUUCAGACUUUGUCAGAGGAUAUAUGGGGGAAAAAUCUGCAGAGGAAACCCAAUGUUACUCACACUUUCAUGAACUAAAAUAAACUAUUGAAUGAUCAACGUCUGAUCACCAUUGUCUAUAACACAGAAGAGCCUCCAUAUUUACCAAAACUCACUAUUUGGUAUGAUGGCCUAAAUAAUUUCAAGCCAUUGCCCCUCAUCCUAUUACUAGAAGCUCUUGUAAAAUGUCCUUCCCUAGCUUUUCUGUGUACACAAGAGACAUCACUAACAUAG